GUAACCCAACCCAACCUGAAGAAGAUAAACAAUUAAAAGACUUUCGUUGGACUCUCUCCUUUGUUGUGUCUAUCUCUCUUAUGUUAUAUAUAAAGACAGAACAAAUCAACCUCUCCUUCUUCCUCUUCUUCAACCUUCCCACGACCCUACAAAAAUCUCUCUAAACACACCACAAAUUUCCAAAACUCAUUCCUCUCCCUCCAAUUUUGGACGACCGAACACACAAUUUUAUUUUCUCUACCGGCCAAAAAAAAAACACACACAAUUUGUGUCUUCUAUUUUUCUUUUUGGCCUCUCUUCUUCUUCUUCUCGCCGUCGCCGUCACCAGAGAUUAGAUUACUCCGUGGUUGUUUGCGUUUUGGCCUUUCGAAAUUUUCAAUUUCUUUGUGAUUACAAAAAAAUUGAAGCAAGAAGAAGAAGAAGACGAUUCAAGAAAAUAAAAAAGAAAUGAACAAGACGACGUUACGUUACGAUCCAAGACAGAUCUCGAGGCAAACGAAACCGUCAGAUACACCAUCGUCGUCACCUUCACGUAGUCACCGUAGACAGCCUUUACUCCAACGAAGCCUCUCUUCCCCUUCUCCUCGAGCCACUUGCGGCGGAUCCACUCCCGCCGAGUUCUGCGGUGGUACCACCGCAAGUUGCGCCGCCGUUUGGUGUUGCUGUCCCUGCGGACUCGUUAACCUCCUCGUUCUCGCCAUCUACAAAGUCCCUAAAGGUAUCUGCCGCCGCGCUAUCCGUAACCGCCGCCGUAAACAACUCGUCAAGAACGGUAUCCUUCCGCCGCUUCCGACUGACGAGCGGCGGAUGCAGAGGGUUUUCCAGAACUCCGAGUUCGCUAUUCAUCCAUUGGAUAGCGAAGACGUCUCCGAGGACGACGACGAUGAUAAUUUCUUGGAUCUGAAGUAUAUCGGAAAACCUAUAUCCGUGGGGUUUACGACGGAGGAGGAGGAGACCGAUGAAGACGACGAGGCCGUGCUAGCGUUGGAGAAAGAGAUGUGGAAUAGGUUUUACGGCGCCGGGUUUUGGAGAAGUCCGUCGCAGAGGGAAUCUGUUUCGUCUCCGAGAGUUUCAAAGUCUCUUUCGUCAUCGCCGAGACCUUCGUUUACUGAAGUAUACCGGAAUAGAGACAUAACGAGUAGAGGCGGCGGAGGAGCUACUACUACUACGGUCGUGGCGACGACGACAACACCGAGAGCCGUUAGGCAUUUUGAUUAGGGGAAUGUGAGAGAGAGAGAGAGGCUUUAUGAAACAAAUUUGUUGUCCUUUGUUAAUAGUUCGAUUUGUGUGUUGAGUGUUGUUGUUUUGUGUGUCUAAGCUUCAUUCUUCUGAUUCUGCCUUUUGUCAAAUCGUUGGUGUUGUGGUUUUUAAUUUCCUCGAUGGUAUUGUACUGUAUGAUCGUCAAAUGUAAAUUUCGAAACUGAAUCGUGUGUGAUGGUGUAAUUUGUCGAUCUUUAGUAUUUGACUAAACCACUCCAA